AUGAUUGAUCCGCGCUUUGGCGGUGCUGGCGCCGUUCCUCUUUCAUCGGGAUACGCACCACAAGGAGUUUCUGUUCAUCAUCAUCGCCAUCGUCAUCAUCGAGCGCGUAAAGGUAGACAAAAUGGUCUUGGUGAUUCACCAUUAAGCCGCGACGAAUCAAUACAUAAAGUCGAUCAUGGCCACCAUUUUCAGACCGAUGGUGCUCAAUAUGGCAAUGGCUUUGGAGUUCCAUAUGGCGCUGGUGGUUUUGGAGUAGGCACAACACAUGGUUACUACAAUCAACAACAACAACAGCAGCAACAACAGCAACAGCAACAACAAUACGGUACUGGCACCAGCUACGGUUAUGGCCAACAGAGUGCUGGCUAUAGCCAAUAUAGUGGUACUCCAGGAGGAACUAUGAUAAAGCACCAUCGACGUCACCACCGACAUCGCUAUCACGGUCCUGACGUUGUAAACCACAGCGGUGAUCAAACACAAGGAAUACCCGAACAAUUAAUUGGCCAACGAUCAUCAAGUGUUCUAGGUAAUGAAGCACCACAAGUACGCUCACCAAUUCCAUCCGCUGACGAUGAAACUCGUGGCGAUGAAGUCACUCAUUCACGCCGUCGUCACAGCCGCCAUCACAGUACUGAUCAUGCUGGUUACAGUCAAUCACAUCAAUCGCGUAUCAACCAAGGUCACACAGCAGCUGGUCCCGAUGGUUAUGGUCAUAUCAAUGAUGAUUUAAUCUUUAUUGAACGUGGCGAACAUAGUCCACAUCGACAAGAACCACCGCCCGGCUAUGAAUACAAAGGCAAAAUUGAAGUUCAAGGCGUUGAUAAAGAAGUUCGCUCGCGAUCUCAAGGACAAAUAUCAGCUCUUUCACCGGCACCGUUGCCUAUACAAAUGUCACAACCUUGUCCAGGAGCAUCAACUUUAAGUGGAUGUCCACCUGGCUGGCAACAAAUGAUCCUAACAGCGGCUCCAGGUGGCCCAUGUCCUCCAGGUGCUACUAUGUAUCAUGCGCAAGUCGUUGGAACUGGCGGCAUGGGCCAGGCUGGCCUCGGAGGUAUGAGCAGUCUGGGAGCUCCGACAAGUAGUAUGGGCUAUAGUGGAGUUGGGCCGAUGGGAGCUGCUGGCUCAGGUGGUGGACUUGCUAACUUAGCAGCGAGUCUUCCUAUUCCACCUCAAGCUCAACUCGUUGCUGAUUAUAUUGUCGAAGCAGGUUCAGGUGAUAUGGGCUCGUCUGGUGGCAGCUUCCCUUCUGGUUAUCAAAGCGGUUUCUGCGGAGAACAAGCCGAAGGAAGUUCAUCAAAUCGAGCAACUAUCAUUGAAGUUUGGCAAAAACGGGCUAAGAGUGAAGGACGCGAAAAAUCAGAGUCUCAUUCACGAUCACGUUCCCGAUCAAGAAGUCCAAAACCUGAUUCAUCCUUCGAUUUCGAACGAUUCCGCAAUGAUAUUCUGGGAGCUAUCGAACGUAUGGUACAAAAUGGAGGAGCAGGUGCGAAAAUACAAUGGACUGGCCAUGAUGGUGGCACACAAACGCAAAUUAAUCCAACCGCAGGCUUUGACGAUAAGAAAGAAACGGAAAAGAGACCGUCAGGUAGUGGGAACGGUGAAGUUCGAGUCAUUGUGCAACCUAUUCAACCUGUCUUCUACAUGCCACGACAAGGUGAAACAGGACAAGCCGCCGGCCCAGCUAUACAACAAACAACAAGUAGUGGAGCACCCAAUGUGGUCUACAUUCCACGUAAUGUCUAUGUACCCGUUAUUAAACCUGUCUUUGUACCUCGAGAACGUGUCAUCGUACGUCCUCAAGUCAUCCAUGUUGCUCGACCUGUCCUUGUCGAUCGACCCGUGCCAGUUACACAACGACCAAUUAUCAUUGAUCGUGAAAAACCAGUGCCCGUACCAGUACGUGGUGCUGGUCACGAAAGCACGAGCGGUAAAUCAACCAAAGAAGAAUAUGUCUACCGAGAUAAUUUACCUGUAGCUUAUGGUGGUCGCUGUGCUGAAUAUGCUGGUGGUGUCGAUUACGGUUAUACGCCUACACAACAAGAACAACAAUACACAACAUCAGGUCAUGAAAUGGCUAGUGUCUAUCAGGAAGCAACAUCCAUUCCUGAUCCAUUCCAACAUAGUCAGUCAGCUGCUCAGCUUAACAUUCAGCAAGGUGUCACAAGUGGUGCUAGCAGUGGUGGUUAUCACGAAUCCUAUUCAAAUUUAGUCCGAACUAAUAGCGCAUCGGCUGUCAACGGUGCACCCAUAAGCUGCUCAGCUCCAAUUGAAGUCCUCGAUGCCACGAUUAAUAACACAUGGCAAAGAACAGAUAAAUCAACAUUAGUACGUCGAUAUGGUCGUCCGGCCUACGAUAUCGUUCAGAAAACUGAUCAAGUCGAGCAACAAAUGUAUCAAGAACUCCGUCAACGAAAUGGUAAUGAUGCUUUUCAAAGACCUGGCUCCUCCGCUAGUUAUGGAUCGGGCUCCGGCGUAGGUGGUCAUCCUGGUUAUGCCGCUAGUACUGGUUCGUAUUCGUCCAUUCCUCUUGGCGACUUAAAACAUUUCAAUCCUGAAGGUAUUCCUCAUCAAGGUUCAGCACCUAUACCCGUCUCUAUGAAUUAUUAA